GCUCGAGCUGCUCUUCUCUUUCAAAGUGCGUCAUUCCUGCUGUAUCUCAACAUGGCGGGCACUGUGGCGAAGAAGUGUCUCAGUCCUCUCUCUUUCCUCACCAGGAGGCUCUCUGCUCCGGAGUUCAUCACCCAGUGCUGCUACCACAAGAAGGUGGUUGAUCAUUAUGAGAACCCAAGGAAUGUGGGCUCGCUGGACAAAAACUCCAAGAAUGUGGGGACAGGGUUGGUGGGAGCUCCAGCCUGUGGAGAUGUGAUGAAGCUCCAGAUUGAGGUGGAUGACCAGGGGAAGAUUGUGGAUGCCAGGUUCAAGACCUUCGGCUGUGGCUCUGCUAUCGCCUCCAGCUCUCUGGCCACCGAGUGGGUGAAGGGCAAAUCUGUGGAUGAAGCUUUGACUAUAAAAAACACUGACAUUGCCAAAGAGCUCAGUCUUCCACCGGUUAAACUUCACUGUUCCAUGCUUGCGGAGGAUGCCAUCAAGGCUGCUCUGGCUGACUAUCGCUUCAAGCAACAGGACGGCCAGCAGGAGGCAGUCAGGGCCAGCAAUUAAACAGAGCACUCUCGAACUGAGCUGGACGCCACUACUCGCUUCCUGCUGCCUGGAAGAGAAGUAGCAGUAGUCCACUUUCCUGCAGUAUUGAAAACGCACACCUUAUAUGUUGAUGAAGUACACCAUCGUGUAACACCUGUUUUAGUCUAUGGCCCCCUAACCCUUCAUACUUUUAUCUCGUAGCCUGUCACGUAAACGCACAAUGUGAGCACUGUUCGGGUUGUUGGCACAAGUUGAGCCUUAUUUUUGAGAUUGUGAUAUAUUUUAAGAUUUCGAGCUUGAGGAGUCUUUAUUUUGAGUGGUGUGAUGGAGAUAUUGGUUAAAGCUAAGAGCUGUCAUGGUAUCCUGUCUGCACCCUAAGCACUGACCUUUUGAUAUGCAAUGAAGCACAGUGGUUUGAAAGAAUGAAAAGGGUCCACUGGAUUUAAGUGUAUUUUAUAUUAUUAUUUAGUGAUGCUUCCUUGAUAGUCUGCAAUAAAACUAUCCUGUAUCAUG